CUUUUUCUCAGAAUUUGGCCAUUUACACCUACCGAGUUGUCAAAGCCGGGCUCUCAGUAGAAACAGUGUGAGGUCAGUGACCCGUUGAUCUUGGUAGCGUCAAGUGAUUGUCAUCACGUCGUCGUCGUGUUCGUCAACUUUGAUUAUUUCUCUGAUUUUUGUGGCUUUUUCGUCGUCGUUCUCAACUCGUUUUAAUCUCCACUUGCCUUUCGGACUCUCGCAUUUGUGGACGUGAAGGAUUGUUCUGGUCAAUCAUCGCGCGGUCAGCUCACAGUCAGAUCUGGAUUCUUAUUUUAUCGUUUUUUAUUCGUCCACUGCCAUUCGUUUUUUAACUGAAGCCAAGGCGAUCCUUAGCGAUUUGGAGCGGGAUCGUGCUUUUGACUUCUGGCUCGGCCGACUCGCGGGAUGAACCAGACAGCUGAGGAAUGUAAAGAUCCAUUUCCACCAUCAUCAGCCGGCCACCGCCUAAGCUUGACUGAUUUGUUCUGCACGGAGCCGUUUCCGCCGCCAUCUCCGACUGCUGUCAGUGCUGCUGUCGCCGCAGCUGCUGCUGCUGCUUCCGGUUUGGAAGGAUUUCGAUUCACCCAGUCGCCUAAGAGUCUCCUCGUCAGCUCGACCAAUCCUUUCUAUGCCGACUUGCUGGCCGACGAGUCCUACCUACUGGCCCAGCCUUACUUGCACGAUCAGUUCCAGUGGAAACACAGUCUGCAGCCGAAAUAUCGAGUCAACGACUACCUUUCCUACCAUCCCAAUGUAACCUCGGUCAUGCGAUCGGAACUGAUUAGUUGGCUGGGCAAGGUGAACCGUCAAUUCGGCUACGACAUUGAGACUUUCCUGCUAGCCAUCAACUUUGUUGACCGAUUUCUGGCCGUCUCUAUGGUGUCGACCGAUAGCUUGCAGCUCCUUGGAUUAGCCGCUAUCCUGGUGGCCGCCAAGAAGGAGGAACCCAGUCCGCCGGAAAUUGACGAAUUGGUGGGUCUCAGCGGAUACUCUUAUUCCGCGCAACUCAUCCGCGAAAUGGAGAUUUGCCUGCUGAAAAAACUCGAUUUUCAUUUGUGCGCACCAACGGCUUCGUAUUUUUUCGAGUACUACAUGACGUUCACGCGGGAGCACAACGCUGAUAUUCGCGGCGUCCGUGAAGUGUUCCACCAGUUAUUAGAACACAGUUUGGUGCACUACGAGUUGAUCCAUUAUCCGCCGUCGACGGUGGCGGCCGCAGCGCUUUGCUUGGCCCAGCGUUUCUUGCCUAAUGUGUUGCCCGUCGAGCCGAUUUAUUGGUUGGUCGAACUAUUCAGCGGCAGCACGGAAUUGGGCGAUAUCCAGCGCUGUUACGUUGACAUGACCCUGUGGCACCACACUUGGCGUCAGCAAUCCAUCUACUUUGCUCGCAUUGCUUCCUCGGCUGCAGCCGCCGCUGCCCAGUCAUCGGUCGCCACGUCCACCCAUUCGACGUCACUUGUGGGUGACGUUUUUGCACCAGUGGCGUACGACCUGUUUGGGUCUGUCGAUUUUUGCAAACAAUUUGCCGAUUUUUCCAUCACUCCGCACUGAAUCGUUCUAUUUGAUUAGACUACGGUUACGUCAAAUUUAGAGAUUUAUUAAUAGCUAUAUAUUUACAAAUUCUAUUUACACCUGCACCUUUUCUUUCCAAUACCUAGUCACGUUUUCUUGUUUCUAUAAUAGUCUAUUUAUUUUUCAUUCCAAAGUGCAUUAGUUUUUUCCUUGCAGGUUCUAUUGAAGAUGAUACUGUUUGUAAUGAAUUCAUAAUUCGUGAUAUACCCUAUUUCCUAAUUGUAUUUGCAUGCUUUUCCUUCAUUUUUUUCCUACUAUUUUCAAUAAAUAUUUUUUUUUUCUUUUCACUUAAA